AUGAUCAAAGGCGAAACAGUCGAACCAAAGGAAAGUGCAAAGAUCCUAGGAGUAGUGAUGGAUUUGCAGCUAAACUUCAAGGAACAUAUUGCUAAUGCUGCUACCAAAGGACUUGUGGCAGCUAUGGCGCUAAGAAGGCUAAAGAUGAUAUCUCCGCGGACAGCAAGGCAACUAUUCAAAGCUACAGUUGCACCAGGAGCAGACUAUGCGUCUAGUGUCUGGAUAAUGCAGAAACAUGGAGCUAUUGCUGUCAUAGGAGCCUUUCGGACAGUUGCAACUAUAGUGGCAGAAGCAGAAGCAAGAAUCCACCCUUUCCACAACCAACAUACUAAGAAGGUUACAAAGUUAUGGAUUGACAUCCAGACCUUGCCUAAAUCUAACCCACUAGUGAAGUUGAAAACGGAUGCAACCUGGAAGUUCACGUCCCCUUUAUAG